GAGAAGGGGCGAGGGAGAGGGAGAGAGCCGGGACUGAUGCUGCUGCUGCUGCAAGUGAUGCUCGUGGCGCGCGGCGGGCUUGCAGCCUAGAGACAGCCGAGCCGAGCGGGCGCCGGUGGGGCUGCGGAGGGAGGAGAGAGGCAGGCGGGGAGGGAGCAAGACAAAGAGGAGGUUUGAAUCGGCGCUGCUGGUCCAGAGGAGGAGGCCGGCUCCCUUCGCCAGCGGCACCGUCCCCAGCGCAGCUGGGAGCCCGGCGGGGCUUGGUCCAUGGGGAAAGGCGGCGAGCAAGGCGAGGAAGAGGAGGGCGGCCAGCCUCGGGAGGCCUCGGCGAUGCCUUCCUUCUCCUGGGAGGAGGUGCAGAAGCACAACCUGCGGGCGGACAAGUGGCUGGUGGUGGAGCGGAAGGUCUACGACAUCAGCCAGUGGGUCCGGAGGCACCCGGGGGGCCAGAGGGUCAUCAGCCACUACGCCGGAGAAGAUGCCACGGAUGCAUUUCGGGCCUUUCAUCCUGAUAUUAUGUUUGUGCGGAAGUUUCUUAAGCCUUUAUUGAUUGGAGAACUUGCCCCAGGAGAACCCAGUCAAGACAGGGGCAAGAAUGCCCAACUAGUAGAAGAUUUCCGUGCCCUGAGGAAGACAGCAGAGGACAUGAACUUAUUCAAAGCCAGUCCUACAUUUUUUUCCCUUUGCUUGGGUCAUAUUCUUGUUCUGGAAACUCUGGCUUGGUUAAUGGUUUCAUACUACGGUACGAGUUGGAUCACAACCUUUAUUCUUAUCAUCAUCCUUGCAACCUCUCAGGCUCAAGCUGGGUGGUUGCAGCAUGACUUUGGACACCUCUCUGUAUUUAAGAAGUCUAUGUGGAACCAUAUAGUUCAUAAGUUUGUGAUUGGUCACUUGAAGGGUGCCUCAGCAAAUUGGUGGAAUCAUCGUCAUUUCCAGCACCAUGCUAAACCUAACAUCUUCAGGAAAGAUCCAGAUGUGAAUAUGAUGCAUCUCUUUGUUCUGGGCGAUACCCAACCUGUUGAGUAUGGAAAAAAGAAGCUGAAAUACUUCCCUUAUAACCGGCAGCAUGAAUACUUCUUUUUUGUUUUCCCACCUCUCCUCAUUCCAGUUUACUUCCAUAUGCAAAUCUUCACGACCAUGUUCAAACACAAGUUCUGGGUGGACUUGGCCUGGGCCUUCAGUUAUUACAUACGCUACUUCAUUACAUAUGCCCCAUUUUAUGGAGUUAUUGGAUCCAUGUGCCUCCUCACCUUUGUCAGGUUUUUGGAAAGUCAUUGGUUUGUUUGGGUCACACAGAUGAAUCAUAUUCCUAUGGAAAUUGACUAUGAGAAGCACAGAGACUGGCUCAGUGCUCAGUUGGCGGCUACCUGCAAUGUUGAACCGUCUUUUUUCAAUGAUUGGUUCAGUGGACACCUGAACUUUCAAAUAGAGCACCAUUUGUUUCCUACAAUGCCGCGCCACAACUACUACAAGAUAGCGCCACUGGUGAAGUCACUUUGCGCCAAGUAUGACGUCCCUUAUGAAGAAAAGCCUCUUCUAAAGGCAUUCUCAGAUAUUGUUGGGUCCCUAAAGAAAUCUGGAGAACUCUGGUUGGAUGCCUAUCUCCAUAAAUGAAGCUGGAUUUCAAAGACAAGGGGGAAGAUGUUGGUAGAGGGUAGGGGGCUGGGGGAGUGACAUGUGUUCUUAUUGUCCAAUUUCAGUCAGUAUCUGUGUUUGCAGUUUGAAGAGUUUCCACUGAUGAUGGGGUGGGUUCAGGGGACCUGUUUAAAAUCAGAGAUUGUUUCAGCUAUUUUGAGUAUUACCUGUAGAGGAUGAAUGGAAAACACAGUUCCUAAGACAUGAUGGCUGAAAAUUGGCCUAAUAAGUUGGAGGGAGUUUUCAGUAAGACAAACUGGGGAAUGAAAGUGCACAUACAUAGAGCUAUCCCCUUGUUCCUAUUCUGACUACUUUCCCAUCUUGGUCUCAGGCACAUAGUUUACACAGAGAUUUAAAACAAUAACAACACUGUCCAGCUUCCAGGUAUUGGUUUGAAAUGCAAACAGUAAAAGGAGCACAACUGGCUUCUUUUUAAAAAUCUUAAAUUAUUUUCCCUUUAAUGCUGGAACACAGAGUAGGAAAUGUAAUGUGAAACACUUGAAACCCCCGUUUUACAAAUCCUUCUUAAGGGGCUCACAAUUGAGACAAUAAAAACUAGAAUUAGAUGUUUUUAAAAAGCCACACCACAUUAUUUCCAACUUAUGGCAACCCUAAGGCAAACUUAUCACAAAGUUUUCUUGGCAAGAUUUCUUCAGAAGAAGUUUGCCUUUGCUUUCCCCUGAGGCUGAGAGUGUGUGAUUUGGCCAAAAUCACCCAGUGAAUUUUCAUGGCCAAGUAUGGACUUGAAUUCUGGUCUCCAAAGUCGUAGUCCAACAUUCAAACCACUACACUAUGUGGCUCUCUAAAAACUAAUUAGUGUCACCCAUGAUACCCAUUAGAAAAUUUCCUAGGGGAAUUCUUCACUCUCUUUCCCCAAAGGAGAAAUGAAAGACACAACUGCAAUUAGCAAAUGUAUGUCUGACUCCUUUGCUUACAGCCCUAGGAUGCUAUGUGUCUUCCUUCUUAUUUUCUCCCUCUCUCUGAUAACAUUCACUGCCUGAACAAAACUACAUGUACUUGCCUUGCAUUGAGUUUUGUGCAGUUCAUUUCCUUUUCUGUAUUAGUUCUCUGCACAAAUCUGUGCAAUAGUUAAAUCAGACAUUCUGAUCCAUAAAAGGGUUGCAUGUGUGGGAGCAGGCUUUCACAUCUGUAUCCCCAACUGGAUAGGGAAUCCUGCACAUAAAUGGCUGGUGUCUGCAUAGUUCACAAGCUGUGCAGCUCCAAUUGGAUGCUGGAUUUCAGGAUGAAAGCGGGGACACUUAUUUCUUAUUUAUUCCUAAGUGAUUGGAGCUCAUUUCUUUAGGAAGCUUGCCUCUUGCAAUCAAUUCAAAAAUCUUUAAAUUGGCCUAAAAAUGAGGGAGUUUUUUUUUUCAGGCAGAGCUGUAAUCAUUGCAUUUAUCUAACCACAUUCCUCCUAGAGUGUUUUCUAAAAGGUAAUGGCUUCAUCUCUUUGCCAUUUCUGCUCAAAGGUUUUUUCUUUAUGAUGUUGAAAACAAUCUGUCUCUGAUUUUAUUUCUGAUAUGAAAUUCCAUAGAUGUUUAAGGAAUAUUUCAUUAUCAUUUUUCUUAGAUACAGUAUAGACAGCUCAGAAAACAAUGGUUUGUGAAAACACUUGGUACAAAGUUUGCUGAAAUCAUGGAAAGGUCAGAAUGAUUGUACUAGAACAGUGAUUGUGAACCUUUUUGGGGCCGAGUGCCCCAACUUAAAGGUUUUUCUGGCACCAAAUGUUUUCCAGUGCUGGGGACAAGACUUCCGCCCUCCUUCCGAGGUAGGAAUUCACCCCCCACACCUUGGAGAGACAGAUGGAGGCCAGGAAAGGUCUGGGAGGAGAAGGAACAGGCAUGCACUUGUUCCUCCUUCCCCCUCUCCACACCUUUCCCGGCCUCCAGCUGCCUCUGGAGAGACAGCUGGGGGCCAGGAAAGGUCUGGGUGAAGGAGGAACAGUUGUGUGCAUCUGUUCCACCUUUUCUCCACCAGGUGCUGGGCCAAAUGGCAUCACGUGCCAUAGGCUCACCAUCACGGUACUAGAAUAUGUGGACUCUUCAGCUUGAUAGCAUUAUAUUGUGUUCAGUUGUCAGUUCACAAACUUUCAUGGGAGAAUGAAUGUAACACUCCCAAUCAGUAGGCAAAGUGUGGAAUAUGCUGCUGCCACACUUGCCUUUUCCUGUCCUCACUGAGAGAGAUGUGUCUUUUAUUGUCUCUCUCCAUCAUGCAUUAGCUGGAUUUUUGUGGGUAUCUAAAUAGUUUCCUCUGUGAGUAUUGCUAAGUUUUUACAUGUUGAGUUUGUCAGAGGUUUUCUUUAAUGAAAUCCUAAACAUGCCUGAUAGAAAUAAACUCCACUAGGUUCAGUGUGAUUUUUGCCCCACGUCUUGGUUGCACAGGAUUGCAAUCUCCGUUAUAUUUCAGUUCCCCUUAGAUGGUGUAUGUUAACUUUUAAUAAUUGAAGCAGAAUAGAGAAACAAUGAGGUGUAAUACGAAUUAGCACAAGGCCAGCCAAAAUGCCAUGGAUAAAUAUGCAGGCUUUUGUGUUCUCCAUCAUGUUCUUCAUGUUCAUCAAACUAGAUGAUUUUUAAAAAUGCUGUAGGUGAGAGGGUUAGCACACAUGAAGUACAGAUUAGGUCAGAUUUUUUAUGGCAUGAGGUCUGUAGAUAUUUUGUGUGUAAAAGGCAGCAAUAGCCACAACUCAGUUAUGUGUCAUGAAAUAAAUACUUCCUUGGUCCAAUUAUAAAUGGGGGAUAUCAAAUGGUUUAAAGAAGUAUUUUUACCUCAAUGGAUUGCUUUUUCAGUCCUCCCAAUUUUAAAAGUGAGAUCUCAUCCAGCGUGGACUGCUUCUGAUGUUGCAUAUCUUAAUUAUCCAGCUUACCCCAGCAGGCACACCCAAACUAAUUGAACAGUCCUAGAUUUUGUUCCUGCUCUUUCCAAUUUAUGUUGGGUUAAAAUAAACCAACCUGGAGAGGUGAUAUAAAAAGUCUCUGAUCAUACUGGGAUCAUACUGGGAGCUGACAGAAAAUUAAACAUUUAUGGAUCUUCAAAAUAAAAUUGGAAAGUAAAGGAACAUAAUUUGCAACUUUCUGGGUUCUUUAAGCAGUCUGGAUACACUGGGUAGUUAAAAUGCUAAAACAAUUGCUGCUAGUUUCAAAUUCUUAUUCAGUUAGAUGCUCAUGCAACCUAACUUUCCUCCUACAAUUGGUGAGGAUGUAAGACAGUCCAUACUAUACUGAGUUUGUUGAAGGAAAGAUGGGUUAUGAAUGUAAUAAAUAAAUGAAUAAAUAUAGCCAUGUGAAUAUGCUUCCAGGAAAGCCACUUGUUUCCUGCAUCAGAAGAGUUAGAGAUGUGAAUAAGAUCUGUCUUACAGAGGUUCUGAAACCUUCUUGAUUGUUCACAUGCCUUAUGUUUACAUCUGACUUAGUGCAUAUGGUAUAUUAAUAACUAAUUUCAAAUCAAAGUAAAUAUAUUGUUUCGGUCCACACCAAGUGAAAUGUUAAAUUAGCCCUUCAUGACUAGAUGUUAUUAAUUCAAAUCACAGUUGAAUCUGCUCCUAAUACCUAUUUGGUGCCUCUUGACUAUUUUGUAAAUGAUAUAAAUCUUACUUGCCACUAUGUCUGUAGCUACCACAAUGGAUGUUUCAGUCCACAUUUGCUCAACGUUGUUUCUGCUGUGAAUCUGGGAACCUCUGGCACCUCUGAUUCCCAAAUUAACAGGAACAUUUAUGUUUUGCAAAACUUUUGGAAUAUUGUAUAGGAAGAAUAUUAGCAUGACACUGUGGAUAACACAACUGCAUACUGCCUUAAUGUCUCUGGGAAUGACUCAGCCAGAGUAAAGAAUUUUUAAGUCCCGUUGAUUUAAGCUUGAGAGAUUUAUACAUUUAAUUUAGUAUUGACCCAUAAAAAUGCUUAAUUGGCUGAGUCAUGCCUUCUUCCUGGUUCUGUGAAUGUAUUUCAUUUUCUCUGCUCUAGUGCAUACACGUGAGUGUGCACUCACAUGAACACACAAUGUACUGUAACAUUUUCUUUACAGUCUUCCAACUAGAGAGCUCACUUGAGCUGAUUUUUUUCAGUUUCUUUGAUUUUCCAAACUUUACUCUGGGGGGGGGGCUGUCAUAACAUGCAGCAAUUUUCUUCCUAGUUUUGCUCUAUGCCAUCCUUCUACUAAUUUUCCACCUUGCACCAAUGUCUUCUUUUUCCUUGGCUCAGAAUAGCCCCAGAAAGGUGGGGACUGAGCCUUUGGAAGUCAGUAGACUUUUUUCAUCAGUUAUGGGGAAGAUUUAGUUUUUUAUUGAAAUAAAAAUGUCAUGUUUUGCACUGAUGGUAUCUUUGGGAAAUGGCACUUUUAUCUUCUGAUUGCUAGGUAAACAUUGCUUAGAAUUCUCCCACCACCACCAACAUGAUUGGUUGAACUUCAUGAACCCCAGAUAUAUCAGACUACAACCCUCAUCACCCAAGGCUGGUUAGUGGUGGUGGAAUGUGUAGACGAAAAACACUUGGAGAGCACCAAGUAGGGAGCAUCUCUGAUUUUGAACAAGGAACAAUGUUACUCGGACAAUCAACAGAACUAGAGGCCAGUGUGCAGCUAUAGAGGGCAAUUAUUUCCAGUGAAAAUACUGUGAGUCCUGAAGAACAACAUAAGUACUGAAAAGGGCUUUUUCCAGUUUGGGGCAAAGAUUUAUCUUCCUCCUUUGACAAAGAUAAGUCCAGUGGCUACUUUUAUGGAAGCCAUUCUUGUUCAUGGGGGAUAAACACACCAAAAAUUCACUAACUGAAAUAAAUGUAGCUUUUGUAUUUGGGAGAUAUUCUGAGUGUUCUGUUUCAUUGCUGUUAUUGGAAGGCAACAUUCCUCUCCUCCCAGGAGAUCAAAACACCAAUUCUUUGGUACGGUGCACACUGUUAUUGGGUAUAUUCAAAUGUAGUCAUCCCGGCUUUAAGUACUGAGCAUCAUAUGUUCACUUUUCAGUGAGAUUUGCAGCUCUAACUAGUCUCAAUGCAGUUAUAGUCCCCAAACCCAUCUGUUUCCUUAAGAUUUGUUUUCCAGAAAAUUUGCAUAAAGUAUGCUUAGCCACA